UAAUGUUUUGUUUACAAUUGCUGGGUUGAGUUGCAUUGUGGGAGACAUGAUUGACACGGGCGCCAUUUUGCCUGCCUUCCAUUGUGUGAGAGAUAGUAAAUAUCUGACACUGCAACAACACGCUCCGCUUCUCUGCCAGGAAACAGCUCAUUAUUUACCAUUGGUGAUAUUUUGUGGUCAUGGCUCGUACCAAGCAAACUGCCCGUAAAUCCACAGGAGGAAAAGCGCCUCGUAAGCAGCUGGCCACUAAAGCUGCUCGCAAAAGUGCCCCGUCCACUGGUGGCGUCAAAAAGCCCCAUCGUUACAGGCCCGGCACCGUAGCUCUGAGAGAGAUUCGUCGGUACCAGAAGUCCACAGAACUGCUGAUCCGUAAGCUGCCCUUCCAACGCUUGGUCAGGGAGAUUGCUCAGGACUUCAAGACCGACUUGCGUUUUCAGAGCGCCGCCAUCGGUGCUCUGCAGGAGGCCAGCGAGGCAUACUUGGUGGGACUAUUUGAAGACACCAACCUGUGCGCCAUCCACGCCAAGCGCGUCACCAUUAUGCCCAAGGACAUCCAGCUGGCGCGCCGAAUCCGUGGAGAGCGUGCUUAGAAAGCGUCUUUUCCUUUUUUUUUUCUUUCUUUACCUAUCCUCACUCCCCCUUCCCCCAGCUUCACAGUAGACUUUUAAGAGGUAGAAUUAUCUUGAUGUCUGGUCUCUGAGGUUUCUUAUCGUCUUCGCCGAUUGUUUUCGGGUACCUUUUAUCGUGCGCAUACAAGGUGUUGCGGAUCAGACGAGCAUUGGCACGCGCGUUCAACCAUGCUGAGGAUUCCCGGGUCGUAGCAAAGGGGCUAGUCUGCUUAAGGGGAGCCGCAACUUCCACAGCAGGGUGCUAUUAAAACUAGCCCCGACACUUCCGCCCCGUUCGAUCCCCUCUCGUUGCCCUAUGCGGGCAGUCGAUUUAUGUGCACUUGCGAACUCUGUUCUUCUCAACCAGCUGUAAUCAAGCAAAAAAAAAAAAAAAAAAAGGUAAUAUGAUUAUUGUGCAUACCUUGUCUAUUUGUCACAAUCUUCCACUUCCAUAGUCAACGCAUGAAAAAUACGGUGAAGGCUUGUUAUUUUUUUACAGUGACGUUUUAGAAAUCACAGUUGUAAUUACAAAUCGCAGCCACAGAGGGGCGGUGUUUCACUAGUAGCUGCCCGUUAGUUAAAUCUUGUUUUUGUGGCUUUUUUUUUUUUUUUUUUUUUGCAACAUCAAUUGACAUUCUCAUUGCUGGCGUCUCUGGGCUUCUUUGUCCUUUUUCUUCAAAUUUGUAAUACUAUAAACUCAUUGCUUUCUUUUAUAUUUUGGGUAAAUGUUCAAGAUUUUCAAAUGUAUGAAUAAGCUGAUCUUUGUAUUUUCCAAAUUUCUCAUAUUAUGGUAGCAUUAAAUAGAUGUUAAAAAGA